UUUUCUUGUGUUGCAGUCGCCCUUUCUCUCCCUCUCUCUUUUUUCUUCUCUCUCCCUCUUCCUUUUCCCUUUUUUCUCAUCUCCAAUUCUCACAUAAUGUUGGCAAAAGAGCGGAUCUCCCAGAUUUUGCCCACAGUAAAGUGCUCAGACUGCGGUGAAGAUGUCCAAAUUCGCAGACUUGGCGAACACGUCUGCUCCAACAUGCCAGCUGUUCCAGCACUGCCCAUACUGCCGCGCCAACAAGGUAAACAGUCCCACAAAAUCAAAAUCGUGUACCUAUUGUACCAUGAUCUGGUUUCGUUUCUCUUCUAUUCUUCUGUCGCAUCUCUUUCAUUCUUUUUUGCCCCACUGUGAAGGUGAGGGAAGAGGAUGAGAAGCGUGUCUCUGGGGGGAACGCAAUUAGAACAGGUCAUUCCCUUGGUAUGUCUUUAGAUCUCUCUUGUUUAAAGCAGUAGAUGGAUGAUGAUGGAUUACAGUAUCUUAUAGCCAGAGAUAAAUACACUAUGGCAUCCAAGUCUCCGUCUCCAAUCAGCCCUCUACACAGUAUUAAGCGAUACGAACCUGCAAGCGACAAAUACAGCAACAUGAGUCAACAACGUAGUCCAGUUACGCCUCCUUAUCAAAAUCUGGUGUCCGAAUUACGACGACCGUCAGUGAAAGAUCACCAAUAUCAACAGCAACAACAACAA